CCAUAUUCGAGUAAACGGGGGCAAGGGAGCCCUAGUGUCUUACGGUAUCACGCGAAGAACCGAAGAAAAAGAAAUUUACAUACGGGAGGAUCGUAGCCGCAUGAAACCCCUGUAAGAAGGAUGAAGCCCAGUUCGAUCAACCAUCUCCGCAGAUCCUCAUCUAAGGCGGUGUGAUGAAUCAGAGCCACGCAGCAGCGAUUUUCUGCUGGAUAUGCUGGCCUCAUAGCACGACAACACAGCAGUCUACCUCGACACCAUCUCCUCGUCUCAUCUUCACCCUUUAGUACAGGUCCCACGCGGCCCGUCAGCUAUGAAGCUUCUGCGACAUCUGACGCUCCUCGCCUGCUUGGCGUCAGCACAGAAUGACCGGCCUAUUGAAUCUGAAGUCCCAGCGGUACGGACAUACUUUUACGUCGGCGGUGGCUAUGCCGACGAUGGCAAGGGCGGUCACAUAUUCAAGGACCAGAUGUACGUCGAAAAACUAUCGCCUGUUUCGACCGAACAAGAUGUGAAGUCCCCCGUCGUUUUGAUUCACGGACAAGGUCAGACUGGAACAAACUUUCUCGUCAAGCCGGAUGGAGGGGUGUCAUGGACCUCACACUUCCUUGCAGCUGGCCAUACAGUCUACAUCGUGGACCAAACCUUCCGUGGCCGCUCCGCGUGGGCACCAAGGGCCGGCGCUGAUGCCCCGUCGACUUACUCUGCUGAGCUUAUUCAACAACGCUUCACUGCUCCGCAGCAAUAUCGCUUGUGGCCUCAAUCAACACUUCACACUCAAUGGCCAGGAACAGGCGUUAUGGGCGAUCCAACUUUUGACGCUUUCUACUCCUCGAACGUCCAGUUCAUUUCCAAUGCUACCUAUCAGCAAAGCACCGUACAGUCUGCUGGAGCACAGCUUUUGGAUCUAAUCGGCACUCCUGCUUGGCUCCUUGGCCACAGUCAGGGAGGAAUCCUGCCAUUGCUCAUAGCUGAUGCUCGACCCCGUCUAGCGAAGGGACUUAUCUUGCUAGAGCCGACGGGCCCACCCUUCCAGGAAGCGGUUUUCGGGUCUGCAGCAGCGCGAAAGUGGGGCUUGACGGAUAUACCGAUGAACUAUUCACCUCCAGUAACUGACCCUGCAGAACUGGUCCAGCAAGUUUAUCAGCCUGCGAAUCUGACUAGUAACAACGCGACCGUUCCUUGUGUGCUGCAAGCAAUGGAUCCAGCACCGAGGCAGCUGAUCAAUAUUGCGCCACUGCCCAUUCUCACUGUUACGUCGGAAGCCAGCUACCAUGCGCCGUACGACUAUUGCACAGUGAACUUCCUCAAACAGGCAGGUUGUUCCAAGGCUACACAUCUCGAACUUGGCAAAGUUGGUAUCCAUGGCAAUGGGCAUAUGAUGUUUAUGGAGAAGAACAGCGACGAAAUAUGGCAACGUAUUUACAGUUGGAUAGAGCAAUCUUAGGAAAACUCCACUAUGAUGUUUGGUCCUCGUCACCAGUAUACCUUGGUGCAUCUAUAAAUCAAAAUCAUGGUGUCAUUCACACCCGCAACUACUUCAAGGCCCUUCCAACUUCUUGCCGUCUUGACAUACUCCGUCCAUCGCCACGUCUUUCUCCGGUUCCGCACUGUUCUUCCUGAUGUCCUUCCAACCCAUGCCUAGGCUCGCAAUGACAGCUAUACAUGCUAUAGCUGACAAGAAAUAAAACACAUUGCGAAGACUCUCCGAAUACGCUCUCAAUAGACCAUCCAAUUCUUCAAGUGGUACAAGAGCCCGUACGGCACUGGCACUAGAUCCAGUAUCAAGUACA